GCCGCAGCGCCGCCGCCGCCUCCACCCACCGCAGGGAUCCCCCAAUGGCUCCGUCGUCGAAGAUGGCGCUGGGCAUCAAGCGCGCGUCGCGGUCCAACACCUACCACCGCCGCGGCCUCUGGGCCAUCAAGGCCAAGAACGGCGGCGCCUUCCCCAAGGCAGACAAGCCCGCCGCCGCCGCCGAGCCCAAGUUCUACCCCGCCGACGACGUCAAGCCGCGCACCGUCAGCACCCGCAAGCCAAAGCCCACCAAGCUCAGGUCUACCAUCACGCCCGGGACGGUGCUCAUCCUGCUCGCGGGGAGGUACAUGGGGAAGCGCGUGGUGUUCCUCAAGCAGCUCAAGUCCGGCCUGCUCCUCAUCACUGGUCCUUUCAAGAUCAACGGCGUGCCAGUUCGCCGUGUGAACCAGACCUAUGUCAUUGCCACAUCCACAAAGGUUGACAUCUCUUGUGUUAAGGUUGAUAAGUUUGAUGACAAAUACUUCGCGAGGGAGAAGAAGACCCGGGCCAAGAAGACCGAGGGGGAGCUGUUUGAGACAGAGAAGGAGGCAACCAAGAACCUGCCUGACUUCAAGAAGGAUGACCAGAAGGCCAUCGACGCUGAGCUGAUCAAGGCUAUCGAGGCUGUCCCAGAGCUUAAGAACUAUCUUAGUGCCCGGUUCUCUCUCAGGGACGGUGACAAGCCCCAUGAGAUGUCCUUCUAAGCUGCAAGUUCCUGAGUUUUUGGGAAGUGUUUUGCCUAGCUUGUUUCUGAACUUUGUACCCUCUUAGUUAACUUCCUAUAUCUGUUGAAGUGACUGUCAAAUAUUAUGAGAAGAUUUAAGAGAAUCAAUUUCAGCCUUGGUGCUUCGUUGUGACA